AUGUUCACCCGAUUCGUCAGGGCGGUUCCCGCCCGGGCUCCGGCCUUCACAGCCCCCAUGGGCUCUACCUUCCAGAGUCGCUUCAUGGCUACUGUUCGCUCCCAGAGGCCCGCUGAGCGAGCAACAUUCACGAUCCGAGAUGGUCCUAUCUUCCACGGAAAGUCCUUCGGAGCUCGUACCAACAUCUCCGGAGAGGCGGUCUUCACCACGUCCCUGGUUGGUUACCCUGAAUCUCUGACGGACCCUUCGUACCGGGGCCAGAUUCUGGUUUUCACCCAGCCUUUGAUUGGUAACUACGGUGUUCCGUCCGCCGCCAGAGACUCCCGCGGUCUUCUGAAGUACUUCGAAUCGCCCAACCUCCAGGCAGCUGGUGUAGUUGUGGCUGAUGCUGCGGAACAAUACUCGCACUGGACCGCCGUCGAGAGUCUCGGCGAAUGGUGCGCACGUGAGGGUGUCCCUGCUAUCUCUGGAGUUGACACUCGUGCCAUUGUCACCUAUCUCCGAGAGCAGGGUUCCUCCCUUGCUCGUAUCACCGUCGGCGAGGAGUAUGAUGCCGACCAGGAUGAGGCUUUCACCGACCCCGAGCAGAUCCACCUUGUUCGCCAGGUCAGCACCAAGUCUCCAUUCCACGUCAGCGCAGCCGACCCUCAGUGUCAUGUUGCUGUGCUUGACUGUGGAGUCAAGGAGAACAUCCUGCGUAGCCUCGUGCACCGCGGAGCUAGUGUUACGGUGUUCCCCUUCGAUUACCCCAUCCACAAGGUCGCUCACCACUUCGAUGGUGUCUUCAUCUCCAACGGCCCCGGUGACCCCACCCACUGCCAGGACACCACCUACCACCUUCGCCGCUUGAUGGAGACCUCUCAGGUUCCCGUCUUUGGCAUCUGCCUGGGCCACCAGCUUCUGGCUCUUGCGGCUGGCGCUCGUACCGUCAAGCUGAAGUACGGUAACCGUGCUCACAACAUUCCUGCUCUCGACUUGACGACUGGUCGCUGCCAUAUCACCAGCCAGAACCACGGUUACGCCGUGGAUGCCACUACACUGUCUUCAGACUGGAAGCCUUACUUUGUGAACUUGAAUGACUCGAGCAACGAGGGUAUGAUCCACAAGUCUCGUCCCAUCUUCAGCACUCAGUUCCACCCCGAGGCCAAGGGCGGCCCACUUGACUCUUCUUACCUCUUCGACAUCUACAUUGACAGUGUGAAGAAGUACAAGAACAGCCAGCUCGCCUUCCACCCUACCCGGGAGACUAUCCCCAGCCCUCUCUUGGUUGACCUGCUCCCCAAGGAGCGUGUUGAUGUCGCCCCGACUAUCGGUAUGCAGAACGUUGCUGCUGCUGCUGCCGCCGCCGCCGCGUAG